AUGGCAUUCCGAGGAGGCCCACAGGGAUAUAAUAGACAGCCAGCUGGGGUAUAUUAUCAGCGAAAUUCACCAAAUUAUAAAAACAGUGGUUAUACUCAAGAUUAUCACCGUCCACAAGGCUAUAAUCAAGUUAAUGGACCGAGGAAUAAUCGUGCGAGACAAUACAACAAUGGUAGACAACAGAACCAAUUCCGUAGACCAAACUAUCACCCUUAUGCUAAUGACAACUAUACGACUCCCCCAAUUCAGCGGCAUAGACCUGAUCCAGAAGCUAUACAAAAAGAGAAAGAACGUCGGGAUGACCUAAUAGCUAUAGAGAAAGAGCGUAGAUUGUUAUCUUCGCGUACUAACCCUCACAUUAAGCAUUUUGAGCCAUAUUUCACUCAAUUUGAAGCUGAAACUUUGUCGCGCAGACAGCAUGGUAAAAUGUCUGAUAGGCAAGCUAAUGAGAUAAAAAGGUUUGCAACAGCUUUUGUUGAGAAAUUAGGUCAUCAGUUGGGUUUCCCAAGGAGAACUAUAGCGACGGCACAGAUGCUAUAUAUACGCUUUCAUUUAUUUUAUCCAUUGAAAGAUUUCAAUCCACAUGAUGUCGCAGUAGUCGCAACUUUUGUGUCUGCGAAAAUGCACGAUACACUUAAAAAGCUACACCAAGUAGUGGCUGUAUCGAUGCACAUCAGAUUUCCUGAAAAAUUCAAGAAUCCCUCAGUUGACGAUAAUCUAUUUGAAGCGGAAAAGAAACGACUACUGCCAAUUGAGCGGUUACUUCUUGAAUCUAUAUCCUUCUCUUUCAAGUUGAAGAGACCGUUUGACAUAUUGGUGAAACUUUGUAGAUUAUUCAAAGUUUCAAAAGAAUUUUCGAAGUGCUGCUGGAAGGUCCUUAGUGAUACACAUCGGACUCUUGCGCCACUACUUCACUCUCCUCAUUCACUUGCAUUGUCGUCCAUCUACCUCACUAGUAUCCUCUUACAACACGACCAUCAACACCUUGAAACAAGUAGAACACUUCUGUCAAAAUUUGAAUCAUACGAUACUAGCUGGCUUAGUGAAUAUGGCACUGACAUAGACAGCCUAGAGUGUGAGUGUUCGUUUCGUUGA